GCCAGAUUUUUUUUCAUAUUUUUAUAUCGCGUCUUCAUCACAACUAUACAAGGAUUACCACCAGGAUUGAACCAUUCCAUAAUUGAAGGUCCAAGAACGACGCGUCCAAUGAAGUCACAAGCCACCAUAUUCUCGGACUCGGGUAGCUGGUCUGAUAACUCCUCGAUCCCGUCAUCCCCAGAGACUACUAGUUGUAAGAAACGAAGUCGAGCAUGGGAUGAAAGUUCUCCAAUAAAAGACACCGGGAAAAGAAUACAAAGGUCCCGGAUCCAUAGCGAAGUGCAUCAGAAUACUGUUUCCAUGAUGAUGAAUGCCCAAAGAUUAAUACAAGAGCAAGAAAAGCUAUUCAAGAUGGGAGGUCUAGAAGAGAUGGAAGAGGAAGAAGCUAAUGAUAAACAAGGGAGUAAUUAUCAGCAAAAAUCGUUUUGGCCGGCCAUAACGAGAGUAGUACAUAGAUAAACAAAAAAAGAUCAUGUAAAUUAAUAGAACUAUAAAAAUAAACUAG